AGACGUCUAACAGGAACAUAACAGAUUGUGAAAAAGUUCAUCAUUACCGAUAUAUGAUUAAUUUACUACUUCCAUCUCUUAAACAAAUUUUUGAAGAACAAUGUCAAGAAAAAGAGAUUGAAGCUAAGAUACAAGGAACAUCAUAUUCAGAGAUUGAGAUACCACAAACUCCAUUUCAUGAUAAGGAGCGUAUCUAUUGUGAUCAUUGUGCUACUUCAAUUGUUGACCUUUAUAGAAGUUGUCCUAAAUGUUCCUUUGAAAUAUGCCUUAGUUGUUGCAAAGAAAUACGCAACGGAAGUAUCACACCACGCUUUGAAAUGAUGUUUCAAUACAAAAAUAGAGGUGAUGAAUACAUGCAUGGCGGUGAUCCUCUACCAAUAACUUGUGAUACAAGUAAUUUAGAGGGUAAUGUUGAGAUAUUUACCAAAUGGAAUGUUAAUAGUGAUGGAAGUGUUGAAUGUGCUCCAAAAGAACUAGGUGGUUGUGUUGUUGUGUGAUGGAGCUGAAAGGCAUUCUUCCAGAUGAGACGAUAUCUAAAUUGGUAACAAAAGCUCGUCGUGUUAAGAAACAUUUUCGCAAAAUUGAAAAACAAAAGAAUGUUGAGAAGGAAAGAAUCUCAAGUUGCAUGAAUUGCCAUGACAUAAAGUGUCCAAUGUCAAGUGACCUUAUAGAUAAAAAUCUAUUUAAAUUCCAAAAAAAAUUGAGGAAUGGUGAACCCUUUAUAGUACCUGACGUUCUCAAACAAGGGACAGGAUUGAGUUGGGAGCCAAUGGUUACACUGAGAGCAUUGUGUGCAAAUUCAUCUUCAAGUGUCAACUCAGAUGUUAAAUCAAAUGUAAAGGCUUUUGAUUGCUUGGCUAGUUGUGAGGUAGAAAUUAACACUCGUCAGUUCUUCAAAGGUUAUAAAGAGGGGAGAAGAUAUGUAAAUUUAUGGCCAGAGAUGCUCAAGCUAAAAGACUGGCCACCUUCUGAUGAGUUUGAAAAUCUCUUGCCGCGCCAUUGUGACGAGUUUAUCCAUUGUCUGCCAUUUCAAGAGUAUAGCGAUCCUCGAUCAGGAAUUCUCAACCUUGCUACAAAGUUGCCACCACAUGUCAUAAAGCCUGACUUAGGUCCAAAAACUUACAUUGCUUAUGGAACCAGAGAAGAGCUUGGCAGAGGAGAUUCUGUUACAAAACUUCAUUGUGAUAUUGCAGACGCAGUAAACAUUCUGACUCAUAUAACUGAGGUGAAAUUAACUGAAGAUCAACUUUGUGCUAUUAAAAAAAUAAAAAGCGCACACAAGGCUCAAGAUAUUAAAGAGGGUCGUGCUCAAGAUAAUAGAGGCCCUUUUGUGCCAUCUAUCACAAAAGAAAUAUCUGAAACAGCUGGUGCUCUUUGGGACAUAUUUAAAAGAGAAGAUACUGCAAAGUUAGAAGCAUAUCUUCAAAAACAUUGCAAAGAAUUUAGGCAUACUUUUUUCUCUCCGGUAGAAAAGGUUAUUCAUCCUAUUCAUGACCAAUGUUUUUAUUUGACUUUUGACCAUAAGAAGAAGCUGGAGAAAGAAUUUGGUGUAGUACCUUUGACUUUUGAGCAGAAACUUGGUGAAGCAGUAUUUAUACUUGCUGGAUGCCCUCACCAAGUCAGAAAUCUGAAGUCAUGCACGAAAAUUGCAGCAGACUUUGUGUCACCAGAAAAUGUGGAUAUCUGCAUGCUUUUAACUGAAGAGUUUCGUCGCCUUCCUAAGAAUCACAGGGCAAGAGAAGACAAACUUGAGUUAAAAAAUAUGAUAAUCUAUGCUGCUGACCAAGUUGUUGAAGAAUUGGAAGCUUUCAUUGGAUGAUAAUCUACAGUUUUUAUUCUAGAAACAUGAUAGUUCUAAUUUAUUUGGAGUGAAAAAGUUAUGUCAAGUUUUAAAUAGAGGGUUAUUGGUAUCAUUAUUAGACAUUUAUUCUCUUGUUAUUAAGUCAAAUAUUUCUGUACUA